UUAGGAUUAUUCUUAACAAGUCAUAUGAAGGAAGCGGAAGAUCUUUGUUUUCAGAAGGAUCCGGAGGGCAAUCAUCUGUAUCUACAAAGUGCUUUAGGUAUCAUUGACGGUCUGAAGGGAAUGAUGACUUUUGACGCGGACGAUCUUGCCAAUGCCCUAGAGAUAUGUAAGGGUACGACAACCACCGCUUCCGCUCUCAGAAAACCCACAGAAUCCCUGGUCACUCGGCUCGGCGGCAUAGUUCGAAGUGGUACGGCUGUGGCCAGAAUUAAGGCCAUGACGGUGUUGGAAAGACAUGCCGAGUUGGUGUAUGCAGAGACGACUUUGAUGAAGGCCAUGUUGGCUAUCAUCAGUGGUGGUGACUGGUUAGGGCUAGUGAGAGAAGCGCUCAAUCUCCGAUCAGCGCACCAAAUCUACAAAGCUCUCCAACAGUUCUUGGAAGAAGCAGACAAGGAUGGUUUCGACGAUGAUGUCGAUAUGGAUUUCCGAUCUGGCGUCUUACUCGGAACUGGGACCUCGUCUCUUAUGCUGAGUCUGCUUCCUGGCAAAGUCCUCAAAAUCGCCGAAGUGUUCGGGUAUGCCGGUGAUAGAACCGUAGCUCUCGAGACUCUGAUGGCUGCUGGAGGUUGGAGCAAAGAUUCGAAUGAACCUGCAUACAAUGAGAAGAACGAAGGAGUGCGUCGACCAGUGUGCGACAUCAUCCUUCUCGCUUUUCAUCUCGUCAUUCCGGUUCUCAUGCCAGUGGCCGGUGUCGAUGUACCAACGGCUCGAAACAUCUUGAGUUACAAUCUCCGAAGAUAUCCGGAUGGUGUUUUCUUCCUUUACUUCCAAGCACGACUGCAUACCAUGCAGUGUGAACCUGAAUUGGCCAAUAAAUCUUUACAACGAGCUUUAGACUUGAAGUUGGAAUAUCUGCAGUUACAACACAUGUACCAGUGGGACUAUGCAUGUAAUUUUAUGAUGCUGUCGAAUUGGAAAGGUGCUCUUGACUGCUUUAGUAUCUUGAAAGACGAGUCAAAUUGGUCUCGAGCAGUUUACACCUACUCUGCAGCUGCUUGUCUUGUGGAACUGGCAGAGGAGGAGGGAGAUGCCGAGGUGAAACUGGCAGAAGCGGAUAAACUCAUGAAGGAUAUCCCUAAGCUCACUAAGAAGAUAGCGGGAAAGUCUUUACCUAUAGAGAAACUGGCAGGCCGCAAAGCGAGAAAGUUCGAGUCGCAAAAUCGCAGUCUUUUCCUUCCCGCCAUGGAGCUCGCCUACGUUUUCGGCUCUCUCUCACAUACUCCUCGAAGCUGCUUGCUGAGCCGAACAAUUCCCCGAAUAGACAGGAUGUUGAAGAGACUGGAAACGAGUACUCCGGAGUCGUAUGGAAACGGUCAUCAGUACUGGGACGAUUAUUGUCUUGGACACUUUUUAAGAGGUGUGGCGCAGGCUGUAGCUCGAUAUCAGCCUCCGGAGGCUAGUCCAUCUGCCAGUCGACCCUCGUCUGGGGAGCCCACAGAUGAAGAGAUUGACCGAGGAGCAGAGGAAGAUUUAAACCUUGUUGUCAAGCACGGUCCUGAAGUUCAGCUCGACCAUUAUAUCCUCUUUCACUGUCAUUACGAACUCGGCAAGUUGUACGCCAGACGAGGGGAUAUGGAAAAGGCGAAGAAGAAUUACGAUGUGGUGAUGAGUGGGAAGUUGACUCAUGUCAAUCACUACAUGGCUAAAGCACAUGGGAAGUAUUCUUUGGAAGGGGCUCUGAUGUUGAAGACACACGCGGCGAUUCAAGCUCUGAAAGAUAGUACCAUUACUGGGUGAGACGAUGUAUCUUGAUAGAAGGUGAGAUGAGUGGGUUGCAACAUAGUCGAUAAUAAUCACAAAACAGAUGUACAGAACAUUUUUU